UUUCAGGAGGUGGAGGAGGUGGUAGAUGGCGAUAAAUGUUGAUUACUAUUUGAAUCGGAUACGUUCCACAGUAACUUCAGUAGCAGCACAAGUAAGUAAUGCUUUACCGGGAAAUCCUGUAACGCGAGAUUAUGAAGUAUUAUCACAAGUUGGAAGUGCUGGACCGGCAUUUAGUUGGAAGGUUUAUGCGGCUCAAAAACGCUCAACUAAAAAGCCUGUUUCGGUUUGGCUAUUUGAGAAACGAAGCUUAGAGAAAUGGCCAAGAUAUGAAAGGGAAUUAUUCUCGGAAAUCUUGAAAAGAGGAGUAUCCCAACUUACCCGAUUAAGGCAUCCACGCAUUCUCAUUAUUGAGCAUCCACUCGAGGAAUCGCGAGACUCAUAUGCCUUCUGUACAGAGCCUGUGUUCGCAUCGUUGGCUAACGCUGUUGGACGUUUAGAUAAUAUAAGUCCUUGUCCAGUACAUUUAAACGAAUUCGAACUUUUAGAUAUCGAAAUUCGCUAUGGACUUUUUCAAGUUGUUGAAGCUUUAUCAUUCCUGCAUAUUGAUGUACGAAUGAUGCAUCGAAAUAUUUCCCCUGAAAGUGUGAUAAUUAAUGAAAAAGGCGAAUGGAAAUUAGCGGGUUUCGAUUUUGCAGUACAAGCAACGCAAGGUACCAAUAAUCAGGUGAUGUACGAAAUGCUGGAAUGGAAUCAGCGGACGAUGUCCGUUGUCCAACCAUUGUUAGACUAUCUGGCUCCAGAAUAUGUGAUUGGUGGUCGGUGUGAUCCAUAUGCUGAUAUAUUUUCAUUUGGAAUUAUGGCGUUAACAGUUUUCAACAAAGGAAAACAACCAUUUGAUAACAGAAAUUCGUUGGAUAAUUUUCGCAGAAAUACUGAAAAGUUAAACACAUUACCCGUGUCAAUGUUCGUGAAUGUUCCUGCCGAACUUCGUGACGAUCUGAAAAUGUGCUUGAAUCUAACGCCUGAUCUCCGACCCGACGCUACUCAGUUUUCCAAGAUUGUCUAUUUUGACGAACCAUUAAUUCGAACAUUGAACAGUUUGGAUUCUUUAUGCCAAAUGGACUAUACUCAGAAAAUGAAUUUUUUCAAGCAAUUACCACAAUUCUUGCUGAAAUUCCCAAAACGACCGCUUAUACAAAAAAUCCUUCCGCAACUAUGUGCAGAAUUUAUUGCUGCAGAAUUAGUGCCGUUCAUUCUUCCUAGUGUUUUUUAUAUUGCUGGAAUAACUAGUAAUGAUGAAUUUGCUGUAGCUGUUUUGCCACAGCUAGUCCCGAUAUUCACUCUUGAACGACCUUACCAAAUUUCGUUGUUGUUUUUGCAAAAUAUGGAUCUGUUAUUGCAAAAAACAAGCGAAGAAGAUGCUCGUAAAUAUCUGUUGCCUUUAAUUUGUAAUGCUUUAUCCAGCGAGACUGUGAAAAUCCAGGAAUUAUGUCUUUCAAUUGUCCCCAAAGUUGCGACAAUGGUUGAAAGACAGUCUAUGAAAACAGAAGUUUUACCCAAAUUGUUACAAUUGAUUAUUGAUGGAGGAGGAGUAUUAGCUAUACGAGUUCAAGCAUUGUUGUGCAUAGGGAAAUUGUUACCCUCUCUAGAGCCAUGGAUGGUUACAGAUCAAAUCAUCCCAGCUUUGCCUAAAGUAAUUAGCCGAGAGCCAGCAAUUCUUAUGGCUAUUUUAGGAAUCUACAAAUUAGCGUAUGAAGAAAGUCGUUUUGGUAUAACUCGGGAACAAUGUGCCAGAAGCAUUUUACCUUUUCUGAUUGCUUCUUCCAUGGAAAAUACAUUGAAUAUGCCUCAGUUUGAGUUAUACAUGGCGUUGAUACAUCGUAUCCUGGACAGGAUUGAGAAGGAACAACGACAACGAUUGCAACAAUUAAGUGCUAGUCAAGAAGAACAACGUAGUAUUGGCGAAUUUGCUAGUAUACUUGGGGAACCAGCUGCUCAAAAUAAGGAUUCAUUGUCCGACAAUCUAACAAAUUUGAUCAUCGAUGGAUCAACUGAUGGAAAACCAAAUGGCAUUGAUAGAAAUACUGGGCUUUUGAGUCUUGCUGCUAAGAAAAGACUAGCAGCCGAACGAGAGCAGAACUUACGAAUGCGCAGCCAACCGAAUCUUUUGCAACCAGUUAGUGCUAGAGAAAGCACAAAUAAGAGCGAAACUAAAACUCCAGAUUCUUUCAUCUCACCAAUCGAUUCUGCUGUCGACGUAGUUGGUUGCAGUUCGUUGGUCCCGUCUGCUUCCAUUUCGACAUAUCAGACUCACAUAGAUCUCUCCGAUUUUCUUCCUGCACCGUCUAUCUCUGAAAAAGUCAAAAAUGAAUCCACACUGAGCAGUAUGGAUAACCCGGUUUGGCCAGAUCCAUUCAAAACAGGACCAAACAACUCGUUAACAUCGUUUGUGCUCCAGCCAACAAUCAAUACAAUCAGUUUACCUGAUCCACCAGUUGUACAAAAUCCAGUGUCUAGAAGAGGUUCAGGCCAACGAAUGACAACAAAUCGAGCGGGUAAUGCAUCACUGAAUGAAGUAGAUCGGAAGUUAAACAUGUCUGCUUUUGAUGAUAUUGUGUGUUUUCCGACUAAACAUAAUACCAAAAAUAACUUUACACUAAAUUCACAGAAUAAUCAUUCUAAGCAGAAUAACCUAAUAAAUGAUGUCUUCGGUGAUUUAUUAAAAUGA